AUUAUUUUAAUAAUUGAUUAGUCGUCGAUUAAUCGAUUAAUCAUGGCAGCCCUAGCUGAGAGUAAUCUUCAACAUAUCUCUAAGAAAUGUAUGUAUCUAUGUAUAAGGCCAUGCAUGUUAUUCUUUUUGAGGUCUACCCUGCAUGAAAUAACUGUUUCAUCUUUUUAUUGUCAGGACAAGUUUAGUUUAGAGGGGUGGCACAACACUAACACAACAUAUCAGGAAGCAUUUAAAAGCCACAAUAAACACAUAUAAAGUCUAUUACAUAAAAAAUUUAACUUCCGCCUAAAACAGUAUCAGCAGUAUUACAGUAAUAAUCCCAAACCGAGCAGUAAACUGCCGCCGUGCUCUCUGACCUCGUGUCCAAAGGGCAGACCAGAUCCAGCGCUGCAGUAAGUGCAGACAGAGACGAGCCCAAACGCAGCCAUGGAGGAGAGUGAGGCAUGGGGGAAGCCUGUGGAGAGGACAGGGAGACUAACUGCGGUUCUUGCCCUGGCUACUCUCAUAUCUGCAUUUGGUUCAUCUUUCCAGUAUGGAUAUAAUGUGGCUGCAGUCAACUCUCCAGCACCAUUCAUGCAGCAGUUUUAUAACAACACAUAUCUGGAGCGUUACAAUGAACCAAUGGAGGAAAACCUGCUGACUUUGCUUUGGUCUCUGUCCGUGUCCAUGUACCCUCUUGGAGGCUUCUUUGGUUCUCUGAUGGUGGCUCCUCUGGUUAACAAGCUGGGGAGGAAGGGCACGCUCCUUUUUAACAACAUCUUCUCCAUUGUCCCUGCUGUAAUGAUGGGAGUCAGYGAGACUGCUGAGUCCUACGAGAUCAUCAUCGUGGCCCGGUUCAUCGUGGGCAUAUGUGCAGGUCUAUCCUCCAACGUAGUGCCGAUGUAUCUGGGCGAACUCUCUCCCAAAAACUUGAGGGGAGCCAUUGGCAUCGUGCCACAGCUCUUCAUCACCAUUGGCAUCCUGGCUGCUCAGGUGUUGGGCAUCAGAAGCAUCCUGGGCAACAGCACUGGUUGGACCCUCAUGCUGGGUUUGACGGGCAUCCCGGCAGUGAUAGAGCUCCUGCUGCUGCCCUUCUUCCCAGAGAGCCCCAGGUACCUGCUCAUCCAGAAGGGAGAUGAGACGAACUCAAAGAAAGCGUUGCAGCGUCUGCGUGGCUGGGAUGAUGUGGAUGCAGAGAUGAUGGAGAUGCGUCUGGAGGACCARUCGGAGCGGGCCGAGGGACACCUGACCGUGCUCUCCCUGCUGUCCCAGCGCUCCCUCCGAUGGCAGCUGAUCUCUGUGGUCAUAAUGAACAUGGGUCAGCAGCUGUCAGGGGUCAACGCGAUCUAUUAUUAUGCAGACAGCAUUUACGCCUCAGCAGGAGUCCGUCAGAAUGACAUCCAGUAUGUGACGGUGGGGACAGGAGCAGUGAACGUCUUCAUGACCGUAGCUGCUGUUUUCAUCGUGGAGUCCUCGGGACGGCGGCUGCUCCUUCUUCUGGGAUUUGGGAUCUGCUGUGGUGCCUGUGUUCUCCUCACUAUUGCCUUGACCUUCCAGGAGAGCGUGACGUGGAUGCCCUACGUCAGCAUCGCAUGUGUCAUCGUAUACGUCAUUGGACACGCCAUCGGAGCCAGUCCCAUCCCCAACGUGGUGACCACGGAGAUGUUCAGGCAGUCGGCCCGGCCCGCCGCCUUCAUGGUCGGAGGCUCCGUCCACUGGCUGUCCAACUUCACCGUCGGCCUUGUUUUCCCCUUCAUGGAGAGAGGCCUCGGCUCCUACAGUUUCAUCGUCUUUGCUGUUGUCUGUCUGGUCGCGCUGAUCUACAUCUGGCUGGUGGUGCCAGAAACCAAGAACAAGACCUUCUUGGAGGUCUCCCAGAUGUUUGCCAAGAGGAACAAAACAGAGAUCAAAGUCUCGGAUUGGCCCCUGAAGGACAGCACGGAGAGCCUGGAGAAGGUCACGACCCUCUGAGGAGAAAAGGAGGCAUUGAGGAGGACAGGAAGUCAUCACUGCGGGGUGACAUGAGAGGACUUUAAAGGUUUUAUUUGGACUCUUUAUCUUAGAAGGAAUUUGAACAAAGUCUGUUUGUGUGGAGGCUAAAAAUACCGUGAGCUUGUGGAGAACGUUUGCAAUAAACAACCCAACAAAUCUCUUGUACGCCUUUAUUUAUGAAGCAGAUAUGAGUACAUGAAUAAAGCUGUGACAUGUA